AUGUUUUCUCCCCGACUCUUUGGGCUGCUUCUUCCUGCGCUAUGCUCAGCUGCGAUAUAUGAGAGCGUCGCUGAGCUCCCCAAGCUUGACUUUGACUAUAUCAUCGUAGGAGGUGGUACGGCGGGGAACGUUCUCGCGAACCGAUUGACUGAGCAGGAGGACACAUCUGUGCUCGUUCUCGAAGCAGGUCAAUCAACCGCUGACGUCCAAAUUUCACAAAUCCCAUUUUUAUGUCCACAAGCGACGCCCAACACGGUUCUCGACUGGAACUUCACCACGACUCCCCAACCGGGGUUCAAUGGCCGUGCUAUUCCGUACCCUAGGGGCUUUGGAUUGGGGGGGAGCAGUGCCGUCAAUUAUAUGGCCUACACCCGUGGAUCGUCAGAGGACUAUGACCGAUAUGCGCGCGUGACUGGGGAUGAGGGGUGGGGAUGGGAUGAGCUACAGCCCUACAUCCGAAAGAACGAGCGACUCGUCGCCCCUGCAGACCAUCAUAACACAACAGGCGAGUUUGACCCAGCGUCAAUUCUGUCUCGCUCCCUGGAUACCCGCGCGCGAUCGAUGGACGCGUUCAUUCAAGCUACGCAAGAGCUGUCGGGUGAGUUUUCGUUCAAUUUGGAUUACAACUCCGGGUAUCAUUUGGGUAUUGGAUGGGAGCAAACAACUGUAGGGAAUGGGACAAGGAGCAGUUCGGAAACUUCAUACCUUGGUCCUGGAUAUAUCGACAGGGAGAAUUUGCACAUUCUUAUUCACACGUACGUAACGCGGAUUCUUGUCGCGAAUGAAUCGACUCUCAAUGAUGAGCCGCAUUUCAACACUGUGGAGUUCACACAAGAUGCUGGAGCGACUAUCCACACCAUUUCGCCCCUCAAGGAAAUCAUUCUCUCAGCUGGAUCAGUUGGAACACCCCACAUUCUGCUCAACUCUGGUAUUGGAGACGCCGACGAACUCACCGCAGUAGGUGUUACCCCUACCGUGCACCUUCCCGAUGUUGGGAAGAACCUCACUGACCACCCUCGAUGGGGUGUCGCCUGGCUUGUUAAUGAUUCAAACACGAUCGAGAACGUCUAUUGGCGGAACGCUACAUUCCAAGCCGAGGCGCUGGCGGAGUGGCAAGCUAAUCGGACCGGGUUCAUCGCUAGCACAAGCGCUAAUCAUCUAGGAUUCUUCAGAGUGGAAGAGGGUGUGUUGGAGGAGGAGCCUUGUGCAGGGGAAAAUACGGGACAUUAUGAGAUGAUUUUUUCGGGCGGUAUUGGCGCCGGUACCAUUCCACCUACGGGAAGCUACCUUACGAUAGGCGUGAUACUGAUCUGCCCGCUUUCUCGUGGGAAUAUCACUAUCAACGGCACCGACUCCCUUUCUCCACCUCUCAUCAACCCCAACCUUUUAUCACACCCCCAAGACAUAAUCGCCAUGCAGCACGGCGUAGCGGGUGCGCAACGGUUCCUCACUGCUCCCGUGUGGGAUGACUACGUCCUCGGGAUUUCGACAAAUAUUACCGAUCUGGAGGGAAGCAUACGGAAUGGAGCGGGCACGACCUACCAUCCUGUUAGUACGGCGAGUAUGUCUGCACGCGAUGCGGACUGGGGAGUUGUGGACCCUGAUUUAAAGCUCAAGAAGGCGGCAGGAGUGAGAGUUGUUGAUGCGUCUGUUUUGCCGUACAUCCCAGCAGGGCAUACGCAGGCAGCGGUGUACGCCAUUGCAGAGCGGGCAGCGGAUUUAAUUAAAGAGUCGCGUUGAGGGUCCAUAUCGCGUGCUUAUUGCUGUGAUCUCUUGGACUUUAAUAUACACUAAUAUACACCGAGACGGAUCAUACCAUACAGAAAGUCCGCCUGCAACUUAAGAGUGUCCAGGAAAAUACAAGUUGAUGUAAGAGCAAAGGUAAAGAAAUACACGACUGACCAGUGACAAUACAGAAUUUCCGACUCAUCGCAAAUGCAGCGAGGUAACAGCUGACAGGAAGGUCGCAGCAGG